AUGAAGCUGGUGAUGGUCCUCAUGCUGGCGGCCCUCCCCCUGUGCUGCUAUGCAGGUUCUGGCUGCUCUCUUCUUGCCAAUGUGAUUGAAAAAACAAUUGAUCCCAUUGUGUCCAAGGAAGAAUAUAGAGACUAUAUUCAAGCGUUCACACAGAGUAAAACUGAGGAAAACGUUGUAGAUGAAUUCAAGCAAUGUUUUCUCCAGCAGUCAAAUGAAACUCUGGCCAAUUUCGAGCAGAUGAUGCAAACCAUUUACAACAGUGUAUUCUGUAAAAUAUUCUAA